AUGAGCCUCCCGUUUCCACCCCCAGUUAAGCUGCCGCAGGGCUUUACCAUGUCUAGAUGCACACCGCAAGAUGUGCAAGAUAUGGAUGCUUUUUCCAACUCUGAAUACACAUACUGGUGGGGUCGGGUCGAACCCAUGAGGUCGUGGCAAGCAGAGCGCAUCGCACAACGCUUCCAGGACGCGGCAGUCCAGCAGUUCAAAGUCGUCGACGACGCAAAUGGAGUAAUUGUCGCGUGGGCAAAGUGGGACCCUCCCUCCAAAAUGGUAGGCUUGAGGGAGGGUUUCACGAUUUACGAUGAGGCAGGCCAACCUGUGAGCACAAGUAGCAGCCUCCAUACUCAUAGCAAGGGCGCGGAAGGGACAGGGAAAGAGGCGAGCAAUCUAGGUCCACCAGCCGGGUCCAAUAUCGCACUUUUCCACGGGUUCUUUGAUGGAAUCACAAGAAUGGAGGAGAAGCACCAAGCAAGCGAGAAAUUGGUGCUUACGCAUCUAUGCACUCGACACAGUCACCAUGGGCGUGGCCUCGGGUCAGUACUGCUGGCUAGCGUACUGGAGCUCGCAGAUAAGGAAGGCCUCUCUACGUAUCUGGAGGCGACACGAGUAGGGGUAUCACUGUAUCAAGGACUGGGCUUUGAGAUCGUCGACAAGCUAGAAUUUGAUCGAUCCGAGACAGGGUUAGAUACUCCGGCUGUCCUCCAGAUCAUGGUAAGGGAGCCGCGAGCUCCUUGA